AUGCAGCUCAAGUACAUCUCCACAGCUCUUCUGAGCGCAUCCGCCGCUCUCGCGCAGAGCUCUGGAAAGCCUGGGUACGACUGCUACCCGCAUUGCAUCGCCUCCACGGUCUCCAACAACAGCCUCUCCUUCGGCCGCCACUACGCCGUCCUGAACUUGGACCUAAUCAACGGCAUCGUCGGCGGCGUCGAGAACACAACUGCCGGCAAAGCAUGGAUCGAUUCCACCGCCAACUGGAUCGAUGCCGUCCACUCCCAGAACCCGCCACCCUUGUCCAUCUUCACGCGCAUCUACUUCUCCAAUUCCCACAAACCAGAAGUCGGACCAGAUGCUCCUUUCGCUGCCGUCGGAGGCGCGCUGGGAACUGCUGCGCAGCCGGAGACAGAGCUGUACCCGGCUUUCAACGUGCAUAAGAAAGCGGGUGAUGUCGUCUUGCAGAAGACGCGAUAUUAUGCUGGCGCUGGCAAUGCUUUGGAGCAGAUUUUGAGCACGCAGCAUAUUGACACUGUGGUGCUGUCGGGGAUUAGGACGAGUGGGGUGAUUUUGAGCACGGCGUAUCGGUUGUUUGAUUUGGAUUAUAAGGUGUACGUGAUCGCGAACAACACCAUUGAGUCGCCUCCGAAUACGCCGGAUAUCAACAGGAACAUCCUCGAGGGUAUCUUGCCUAAGCUUCCGGUUGAUGUGAUUACGAUCGAGCAGGCCAUGGCGGCGCUGGAGAGGAGCGGACCGGCCAUCUAUUAG